AUGUUCGCGCCGGCCUUCGACCACUCGUUCAACGACCUAUUUAACCAAUACGUCAAUAUGGACCCUGCCGCCAGUGGUGACGGCAACAAAGACGUAGGCCCAUUCACGGGCGAUCUGGACCAGCUGUUCCUCCCCGGGUCGCUGUCCAGUGACUGUGGCGACCUCUCGCCCAUUGGUUCUUCUUCGCAGCAACUCGCGCAGUCACCACUGCAGUCCUGGCAGAAAAGGCCGUGGUGCAUGCAACAAGACGACGUCGCGCCGUCGCGGACCGGUGCAUUUCAGGACACGGUCCAGCCCUCCGCCAUCUCAGAUAUCAGCCUAAACCCAGAAGACCCUUUACCUCCAUCUCUUGGCCUGCUUUCCACGUCGCCGUCCACUCCCCCAGUGACGCCCAACCGGAAAGCUUCCUCCCAGAGCGCUAUAAUAACCCCAAAGUCCAUUAGCCGCCGGGAACCGAAUGAUCGUCGUGCAUUGCUGCGCAAGCAUAGCUUUUCACCCAGCUUGAUGCGCUCUUCGCAUCUGCAGAAGACGAAGAUGGCGUACCCGGAAGCCUGGACGCAACGGCUGCAGAACUACGCCAACCUCCGUGGCGCUACUGAGGACCGUCUUCCCUUGUCGCCUCCGCCAUCCGACAUUCUCGUCCAGCAUGAGAAUAUGCGCCGUGACAGCGGUGUGCACAUGAGCCUCUCGACGAGCGGUUCGUCGGGCAGCGAAGGCUUAGAGAUGCCUUCGCAGUAUAGCUCACCGAUGUUCCAUCAACCGUCUUCCGGCAACCCGCUUGCCAAACAGCAGCAACAGCAACAGCAGCAGCAGCAAGGGUAUUUAAGUCAGUCCAACUCGGCCGCCGUGGCCACGUCGAGCCCCCACUCCGCAGAUGAUCUUUUCCACACGUCACAUUCGUCAGAGUCUCAGCAGAUACCCGCGUGGCAUGCAGAUGCGCUUGGCGCGUCGGGCGUGUCGUUCACCCCGGACAUCAACGGCCAUGACAGCCAGUCGUGGUGGUCUUCUCCCAUGCCGACUCGCGUCUCACAUGCCACGAGUCAGCAUCCCUAUCAACCAAUGAUUCUUCCUGAGAAGCCAACCAUCCACAGUUUGCCCCAUCAGAACGACCUGCUGCAGGGCGGUCUGAUGAUCCAAUUUGGCUCUCCCUUCGACCUGGGCUCUGCUGCGCCCGAGUCGUCCUUCUCCUCCGCGUCGGCCUUGGAUUCCACGAGCGCGCCGCACAUUCCUGCUGCGCAACCGCAGGCUGCCUUCUCAUCCGCGUCGUCGUUUAUGACUCCUAGCAACGCGCAACCAGCCCAGCAGCCGCAGUCGCGGUCACCAUCGAUGUCGCCCACCGCCACCACCUCUCCCAAGUCAGCAGCGGCGCGUGCGGGUAAGACCAACAACCACCGCCGCACCCACAGCCGAAAACUGUCUGGGCAGUCGACGACUGCUCCCAAGCCAGCGACCAAACUGGGCGGUUCCCCGAAGGGAGCCAACAAGACGAUGAGUGUGUCGUUUGUGAACUUCACUCCGGAGGACAGUCAUAAGAUCCUGACCGGUGUGGCUCCCAGCGGGAGCUCCAAGACCAAAGCAAGACGAGAGCAGGAGGCGCGGGAAAAGCGACGAAAAAUCAGCGAAGCUGCCUUGAUGGCAGUGCGCAAAGCGGGUGGCGAUGUCGAAGCAUUGGAAGCUGUUCUCUGCUGA